AUGAUACUAAAAGAAAUUGCAAGGUUUUCCUUACAACAUCGUACUUUAUACUGCUACCUGAUCCUAAGCAUUUGGAUAUUUCUGCUGAUAGCGGGCAUGUACAAAUACAUCGGAUCGAUAGAAAACGGCAACAAUUUGUUAAAUCCCAAAGGGUUUGGUUAUAGGAAGUCCGAGGCAUUUCUUGUCGAAGAUGGGGACGUCGUUGGAAGUAUACGUGAUAAGGACAUCAAGCAAACCGAUUGCACGCAUCCUUUCACAAUCGUCCCGGGAGAGGAAGGAGGCGCUCUUGAAGGAUGGACGCUUCAAGGUGUUUUGCUGCUUAUACGCCACGGAGACCGCGGCCCAAUGGCUCACGUGCGUGGCAUAAACGAGGUCGACUGCGGUUACGAGAACGAUCCAACACUUUCGAGAUACAUCAACUUCCUGCAGAAUACUACCACGGCCAGCACUAGCGGCGGACACUGGAUGAAAACGGGCCCAUUUCACGGGUUUCCAAUGUUACCAGCUGCGUCUAAGCUGUGUUUGCUGGCGCAAUUAACGCACAAAGGAGUCGCCCAAAUGCUGCACGUGGGAGAAGUUGUUCGCCAAGCCUACGCGAAUGCUCUCGGGCUGUACACCCGGACCCCGAUGACGACUCAAAGAACUUCUCCGUUUAACGGUUCGGACGGUGCUUCGAUUCCAACGUCUACCAUUCAGUACGCAGUCGAUGAUGUCGUGGUUUAUUCUACACGUUAUCGGCGAACCUUCCAAUCGGCCAUGGCCUUGCUGUUCAGCGUUUUGCCGCCGGAGAAAUGGCUUGCAAUACAGAUACAGGAAAGCCAUAGUCUGUCGUACUGCUUCUCGGAUUGCGCCUGUCCGCAAGCGGAAAAGCUGAAGAAACAGUUAGCCAACGAGAUGAAUGGGUAUCUGGUGAAGCAUCCUGCGAUCGGUGCGAUAGUCCAGUGGAUAGGGGCGGCAUUGUUACAGAACCCUCAGGUAGCAGGGCAGCAGAUAAAUCCGCUGGAAAUUCGCGACGCACUUUUGGCGCAUAUUUGCCACGCAGCUCCACUACCUUGCCGUAAGAUUCGCACAAGUGUUAACGCAGUGAAUGGGUAUCGAUAUGGUUCCAAGGCUGCGAGUAGUAGCAGUUCGACGCAGGAUCCCUUAGGGUUUGACGUAAUCAACAUCGAUUUGGACGAGAGUGCUCUGGCAGGAGGCGCUGGUCCCAUUAUCAAUACCGAGCAACCGGAUGACUCGGACGCCACGGAACAAGAACCGGAAAUCGAGGGUUGCGUCGAAAAGAGCCACGUCCUAGCGUUGAUGUCAUACAUUCAUUGGGCUGGCAUGAAAGAGCUGUAUAGUCCAUUGAUGCGUCAGCAAGGUCUGUUACGAUCGUAUGGGUUGAUGCGGAACAUUGUCGCUUACAUGCUAAGGAUGAUCUCGGGAGAUCGAGUAAAAUUUGUGCUCUACUCCGGGCACGAUAAAACGCUGGAAUAUUUAAUUGCUUCGCUGGGUGUGCAACUCGAGAGUCCGUUCAUCCCGUACGCAUCGCGAAUGGCAUUCGAAGUAUACAAAAGCGAUAAGGAUACACAGUACUACUUUCGGUUGGUUUAUAAUGGACGGGACGUCACGAAUACGAUUGAUGUUUGCGAAUGCGGCAAGAGCCUUAAUGUGCCGAGGGGUAUCCGGGGCGGUCGUGGUCACCUUUGUCCAAUCGAAAAUAUUAUUCGAUUCAUUCACGACGAUUAUUUCCUUUCUCUUAAUGCAACUAAUUAUAAGGAUGCGUGCUUGGCGCAAGCGAAACAAGAGGGAUAUUUCUAGGAAAAAAGAGAAAAUUACUCAGAAAUUAGUUCCAUUGCGUGGUAAAUGUAUUACGUUGUAUCUGAUUCGUUGUGAAACGAAAGAUAUUU